AUGAGCCCCUCACGGUACUUCUCCGACGCUCGACUUCGAAAAAUAGGGUUUUCUGCGGCCCUCAUCACGCUCUUUGCGGAAUACAACCUCUUUCUCAUGCACAAAGGCACCCAUCCUAUGUCCGGCCGGAAAAGCAAUGUCAGCGAAUCGAACCAAAAACGCGGCGACGAACCUAAAGCCCAAAUUACGACCCUGAACGGCCUACCGAUACCACAUUUUGUAAACCUUUUCAAAAGAGAUUGA